GCAAGGGGCGUGGUAAUUGUCCCCAGCACGCCGCCAUAUUGGCUGUUGUCCUGUCCAAGGUGUACAGGUCUGUGUUUUUGUUUUUGGGGAUUAUUUUUGGCGUUGGAGUGCACUGUGUGGAUAGAGGGGGCUGUGUGGAGGAGCGAGCAAUGACCAGGCGGCGGAACAAGCAGGGGAGCAUACGGAGAGAGCGAGCAGUGGGUCAGCAGAGGCCGGGGAAAGAAUCUCCUGCCUGUGAUGAUGGACCAGAGACAGAUCCAGGAGAGAGGCUGGAAGAGAUGGGCAAAGGUGGACAGGUACUACCUUCAGCAAGUGAGUAUGUACAAACGUGCUGCCUGUUGUGCCAUCGGGAGAGGAAAGAUUGGUUGGGUUUUGCUUCUCAAAAUGGGUUGCUGUCUCCCAUGGAUGAGAUUCCUGCCUCCUUUAUGCCCUCAUUGGCACAGAACCUUCUUGGGGAAAUGCCACUGUGGAUCUGCCAGAGCUGCCGGAAGAGUGUGGAGGAAGAAGAGAGCCAGACAAUGGCAGAACAACCAUUAGCGGUGUCCUUGUCACACACAUCUUGCAAGUCCCAGUCCUGUGGUGGUGGUUCACACUCCUCGUCGUCCUCUUCAUCCUCCUCUUCCUCCUCCACUUCUUCCUCUUCCUCAUCUUCCUCGUCUUCUUCUUGCCAUGGCAACUCUGGGGAUUGGGACCCCAGUUCCUUUCUGUCUGCUCACAAACUGUCCGGGCUCUGGAACUCGCAGCACUCUAACGGGAACCUAGGCAUUGGGUCUGCAGGUGAGAAAGGCAGCGGGUUUCCAGUGUCUCCAGAACAUGGUAGCAACACUUCCAAGCUCUCCAGUUUAAAGGUGUGUCCAUAUAGUUCAUCUGGUACCACCACAGGAACACUUCCUACCUCACUCAACUUCUGUAAAUCUCCCAAACAAUUCAAAAGCAUGUGCCAUAGACCAUCAUCCCCAGGAGAAGCAUAUUCUUUGGCGCAUCAUCACCAUUCAGAUCCGAGUGCUCCUCCGAACAGUCCAACAGGGCUCUCCUCACAGCAGUCUACAUCACCUCACAGUCCUCCACCUCCACAUCUCUCCUCCUCUAACAUUCCAGCCCCUUACUCAACAACCAGCCUUUCAUCUCACACCACACCAUGUAAAGCCACGGUAUGCCAUACCUCUGGCACUCACAGAGGAAGUAAUUCAGCAGCAUCCAGCCAGUCUCUCCUGAAAGUCAACCAACCUCCCCCACCACUCUCUGCCUGUAGUCAUCCUUGCAAUGGGCAUUGUAGUGGAACAAAUGCACUACAGGGAGGAAGCGCUCACGGGACCACUACCAGGGAGUCAACAUGCAGAGGACGCAAAUUUUCAAAUGUUUCAAGCUGCUCAGCCAUACAGUCUUGUGAGGGGGAUGAGGGUCUGGGAGAAGAUGAAGACAGCAGCUCAGAACAUAGCUCAUCGUGCACAUCUUCCUCCACCAACCAGAGAGAUGGCAAGUUCUGUGACUGCUGCUACUGCGAGUUCUUUGGCCACAACACGCCACCUCCAGCUCCUACAAGUCGGAAUUAUCCAGAGAUGCGUGAAAAACUUAGAUCGCGUUUGACCAAGAGGAAAGAGGAGAUCCCACAGAAAAGACAUCUUCCUGGGGAACAAGCUGUGGACCACCGUGAUGUAGAUGAACUCCUAGACUUUAUCAAUAGUUCAGAGUCCAAGACCACCAGCACCAACAAAGCUGCCAAAAGAGCACGAUACAAGCUGAAGAAGAAGAAGGCCCUUCUGGAGGCUGGUGCUCAGAAACCGUCUGACGUAUAUGAUUCAUCUGUUGAAGACACAAGGGCUCCAUCUUCUGGGGAAAAGUUGUUCCAGUGGCCUCAGAUUGAACUGGAGCGGGUGAACAGUUUUCUUACCAGCCGGCUUGAAGAGAUAAAGAAUACCAUCAAAGACUCCAUUAGGGCCAGCUUUAGUGUCUAUGAUCUAAACCUUGAUGUCAAUGACUUUCCCAAAAAAGCAGCUGUGCUGGAGCAGAAAAAUCUGCUAUCCCACCUUAAUGGUUCUUCUGAUCUCCAAGAGAUUGAUCUUGAUUUGUCCCCUCUUACUCUUAAUGUUUUAAAGAGUCAGGAUCCAUGCUUUCCAGAGGAUGAUAACAAUAUUCCUUCCCAAUCUCCAGAAAAUGGUGGUGUUAAAAGGCUAAGUGCUGUUCCUAAUCUUUCCCGUAUGAUAUGGGUUCAGUCUCAAAAGAGCUCAGAAUCUGGGCAAAGUUCUGCCAUUGUUCCAGAUGACAAAGUUUUGUGCAGCUCUGAAAACCAGAGACUUCAGGAACAGUCCACAGUUGGAAGUCGCACGAAGAAGAGCAAAAGGCAAAUCCUACAGACACAAAAGUAUAAGCUUUGUGGUAGAGAGGCUAUGGUGGACAAAACAACUCUGCAAGAAGCAAAAACACAGCCGAGGCCACUACUUCUAAAAACAGAGGACAUUUCAAAACAAGGACCAGUUACUGUGAAUUCUGUUAAUUUAAGGACAGAUAAAGUUAAGAGUGAAGCAGAGGGAUUUCAGAGGACUGAUGUAAAAAGCAGUAGUGGGACUAAAGGCAAAGCCAGAAAAUGUAGAAACAAGAUGGAUAAACCCAGUAUCUCAGUUGAUGACGUGUUCUUUCCGAAGGAUAUGGACAGCAUGGAAAUGGAUGAGACUGAUCGAGAAGUAGAGUAUUUCAAGAGGUUUUGCCUGGAUUCCGCCAAGCAAACACGCCAGAAAGUGGCUGUGAACUGGACUAACUUUAGCCUGAAGAAAGCCACUUCCAGCGUGUCACAGUGAUGCCUCCACUCUUACUACAGUUCCCUCCUGUUUUAAGUCACAGACCUAUAUCACUUAUCCCAUAUAUCUACCCUCUGGUUACCCACUACUCCAUAUUGCAAACUUACAAAGUUGUUUUGUUGGAUUUUAGCAAUGCGUCCACACGGAUUUUUGCUAAAAGCAAAGAUAAUGACCAAAAUAUGUUUUUAAGCCCUUGCCAUCUGGCCCUCACUGCUGAAAUGUCUUUAAUCCCUCUCAGCAUCACUUUCCAGAUUAGGCAUGGCAUAACUGACCUUUGCAUGUCCUCUCAGAAAAAAAACAAAUACAAUGUUUGGAUUGUCUUGGAUCAUUUUCUUUUCACCUCUCAUAAAAAAAAUAGGUCACUGCAUGGAAUAAUUUACCUGAUCAAAUGACGGACAAAAGGAAUUUAAUGUUUGGACACUAAUAUUGAAUGGACUGCAUUAAGUGAUCAGUUCUUAAAUACCCAAGCGACACAGGUCAUUUUACCUUUUGAAUACAGGACAUGACCAUGGAUAAACUACAAAAACGUUGUUGCAGAUAUGAACUGUUGUUUUUUUCUUUUCAGGAUGAAUUUAAUAUAGUUUUUCCUUUGUUUUGGUCUAACAUGGCCUCAUUUUACAUUUUGUAGAUUUAUCUGCGUGUUCACAUAGUUUUUAAUAAACUGGAGAAUGUGCUGUCCAGUGAAAAGAGGGCCAUCCUCACAGCGGGCACUUACGUACUGGGAACCAUUACAGAUUGUACUGCUUACCCUAUCUCUUCAUAAAACCAGGACUGCAGCGGUGGGUAAAACACUCACUUUUAUUCUCUACCUGCUUCUUCAGUCCUGUAAUUUCCACAGUUAACUAAUAAUAUAUUCCUUCAGAACAAGAAGUUGUAAUGUUUGUGCAAAGAGACUGUCCUGUUUCUCUGUGAUUUCAAAAGGACAGAAGGGAACAGAAGCCACAAAUGACUUGCAUGUAUUCCUACAUCCGCAAAUCAUGUCUCUUAUCAAGUGCUUGUAUCGCUCCUGUUUCUCUACUGUGCAUCUUAUAUGAAGUGCUCAAUAAGGUGCAGUGGGGAGGUACUUGAUUGUUUUAACUAAUGCACUCUUUUAAUAGUCCCAUUUCCUCUGCAAUGUGUAUUGCCCUUGCAUCAUUUUAUCAACCAAAACAAUGUAUCUGGCUACAGUAGAGUGAGACAGAAAUAAUGUUGCUUUUUGUUUCUUUUCCUUUUCUUAAUAUAUAUUUUUUUUAAUGGUAUUUUUUAUCUGACAGCUGGUGCUAUGAUCGAAUAAACCGUGGGACUCUGGCCUUGUGGAUAAACAAGUCCAGUUCUCUGGAUUCGACAUUACAUUUUAUUAAUGUUCUGUUCGCCAAGUGUAUAUUGGCAUUGCUGUGUUUUUAUUUACUUUUUAUACUGUGAAAAUCUUUCAGAUAGAAAGAUUAAAUGACAUUUGGACACAGGUAUAAUUGAGUCGUGUCUACUUUUGAAUUUUUUUUUUUUUUUAUGUAUUUACCUUGUCCACAGGAACAAUGUCUGCUGUAAAUAUUUAAGAGGUAUUUUCACCUACCUGCACUGGGUU